UGGAAAGCGAAGAAAUCCAAGCAGAACAACUAAAAGUUGAACGAGGAUGAGGCGGAAGAAGUGAAGAAGCUGGUGAGGGAGGACGGAGACAUGGUGGACAUCCUAUACCUCACCAGUCCGCAGGCAAUAGAGGCUGCUGAGCUCUAUGAGCCAAGCUCAUUGAGCGAAGCUGAGAUGGAGGAGUUUACCAAUGCUGCUGGGGGGCUGCGCAUCCCCAAGAAGCCAAGGAAGAAGUCAACGACUUCAGCUGUGGCGAACAGAGGGGUGCCCGAGAGAGAGCGCCUACCCAGCACCUCAGCCCGGGCCGUGGAGGUGCAGCCAAGGCCGGAGCCUGUGAUGGGAGGCAGUGAGGACGUAAGCGAGGAGACAGCACCGCUCCAGAGGAAGAAGAGGAGGGUGGCAGAGCUAGAAGGCAGGGUGGAUGAGGUGGUGGAGUUCGUGCCUCGACCUUCUCCUCCAGAAAUCGAUCCUGAGGUCCAGGAGAGGGGAGAGGCCGAGGUGCGAGGCCUUAGUGGGGGCAAGGAGCGCACCCCACCCCACGCGUACCAGAAAGGUUUGUUUGAGGCGACAAACAUGACUGGGGCAAAGCACUUUCUCAACACUACGCUUCCUGACGUGGAUAGGAUGCAAGCGAAGAACGAGGUGCUUAGCCAUGCGGGGUAUACCGUGGUGAGGCACGCCCUAGAGAGUGCGAGCUGGACAAACGCUCUAGCACAGGAGUAUACAGAGAGCGUUAGAGAUCGUGCCAGCUUGCAGAGGCAGUGCGAUGCCCUGCGAAAGGAGAAGGAGGAGCUCCAGAAGGAAAUGGGGGAGUUGCAGAAGAAAAACCAGCAGAUUCAAAGGAGGCUGGAUGAGGUGACACCAACAGUGACAGAGCUCCAAAGUGAUAACAAUGUCUUGAGCACGAAACUCUCUCUUGAGGAACGUAAAAGGAAAAUUUGCGAAGAGAAGCUCGAGGCUCAAGACAAAUAUAUCGAGAGCCUGAAGAAAGGGGCAGUAGAGCUGAAGAAGAACGUGGAGCUGUUGGUGCACAACGGAAUGGAGGGACAUAUUGGCAACUUCCUCAACUCCAGCACCUUCGAGGACAUCCUCAAGCUAUACCGGAUGCCAACCGCCAUCCUGGCCUUCACCGACUGCAGAAAGAAGGUGAAGGCUCAGUACCCUGAGGUGGACGUGACAACGGUCACCUUUGGGGAACAGGAGGAAGGAGUGGAGGAAGAUGGCGAGAGUCUCUGUGCGGACUUCCGCCCUCAGAUUACUCUGAGGUGGGAGCGUGAUGCAGAGGGGCGCACCAUAUUUCCUCCAACCUUUGAUGCUGAGUUGGUGGCUGUGGAGGGAGAAGAAGAAGAAGAAGAAGAAGAAGAAGAAGAAGAAGUGCUGGACGCUGGAGUUGAGGCGGCAAUGGCCGAAUUGCAGCUUCCGGAAGUGCAGCCAGUCUCCUCUGACGAGGUGCAGCUGCUGCCCCCCCUGAAGCAGAAGUGCCAAUCCUGCCUGCUGGAGACGAGCCACUGCUACCGCCUCUUCCUGUUGAGGAGCAGCCUCCUCCUCCAACAGAGUAGCUUAGGUUUUAAUUUUGUUAAUGGUAUUUGUAAAUAACAUUUGUGGAGAUUUUAUAAAAUUUUUAAAGUUUU